AUGUCCACCGGCAACACCAAAACUACGCCGACUCCUCGGCUGCCGCUUUUCGGCGUCGAAAUCGAGCUCUUUGUUAAAGUGAAGCCAAAGGUUGAAGUGCUGACCUGGAAAAAGAGACACGAAAACCCAGCCUCCGUACCGGAGUAUUGGCGAAACUGGGAUUUCAACCUUAAAAACAACCCGCCGGACCGUGACGCCCAAAUCAAAAUCAUUCAUCAUCGGAGAGAAGUCGGCAGGGCGAUUCAGGCCGACAUCGAUGCCAUGCUCGGCCCCAAAAAUGGAUGGCAUUGCGAACCGGAACCGAGUUUAUCAGAGCGAACGCUCACACUGCCCAUCGACCCCAGAAAGUGGUGGGGGAUCGAGCUUGUCUCACCGCCCAUGUCGGUAACCAAGCAAUGGCAGCAGGAGAUAGAGAUGGUUUAUAAGGCGGUCUGUAAAAACUUCGACAUCUGGACGAGCGACUUCUGCGGCUGCCACGUCCACGUAUCGCCUGGACCGGUCAAAAGCAAGGAAAACGACUACUCCGUGCCCAAGCUCGUGAGGAUGGCCAAGACUUCAUACUUUUGGGAGAAGGCUCUCUGCGAAUUCCUCCCGCCGGAUCGCCGGGACACCACUUAUGCCCGCCCAAACUACAAGUCUUUUGCGACCACGGAAUAUGAAGAAGUUGAGCGUGCAGGUUGGGGACCACUAUUUGACAAGCUGGAUGAGCUGGCGGCCGGCCGAAGGGGUCAGUCCAACUUUCUCCAGGAGAUCCAGGGCGGCCUUGUUCAUGGGGACCGGUAUACCUCCUUUAACUUUGAGGCAUUCAUGGAUAUUGGGACGGUUGAAUUCCGCCGCCAAGCGGGGGUUCUCUCGCCUAUCACUACCGCCCAUCGCAUUCUUCUCGCCGUGGGCCUUCAUUUAAGCGCCAUGAGAUAUGAUUUCGACGGGGCUAAGACCCGGAUGACGCACCCGACCGCCGAAGAACUGCGCAAGGAGCUCGCCGGCUGCAUCAAGAAGCUCCCCGAAACCUGCCACGGCACUCGAUUCCUCAACUUCCUCACCUGGUGUCAGGAAAGCUACAAGGGCGGCAAACGUUACACAGAGGAGCAGAUCAACGCGCGCGAGGAGGCCUUGCGCAAGGGACGCCCCCCGCCGGAGCAACGCUCCGCCGUCCCGCCGCCACCCCCGGCCGAGAACUCCCAGGGAACCACCGCCAGUCAGCCCGGAGGUCGCACAACGGCCACCAGCAGCUCUGCCGCCGCCCAACCCACCCAGGCAUCCUCGGCGGGACGCGGCGGGGCCCGUGACACCGCCCCGCCCGGCCGCCAGACACCGGCCGCUGGCCGUGGCGGUCCCACGGCGGGCAGGGGCGGCGCUACCCAAGGAACAGCCGGACGUGGCGCUCCCCAAGGGACAGCCGGCCGCGGCGCUCCCGCCUCCACCACCACCCCGCGCGCCUCCACCUCCACAGGCACGGGCACGGCCAGAACCGCCGCUCCGCAGGGCACAUCCACCCCCGCCCGCACCUCCACCACCAACCAAGCCACGGGCACGGGCACGGGCACGGGAGCCGCACGCCCCCGGGCCUCGGGCAACAAUGCGUCGUCCGCGAGUUACAUGUAUGAUGCUGUGGAGGACUUGGUGCGGGGGGAGAAUAUGAACGGUGCCACGUUCAACUGA